GAAGCGAGGAGGAUUUGUUCUAUUUAUCCGUGAUUUACAUAAUUAUUAAGCAAUAUAUGCAGUGAUCAUGUCAGAUUUAUUCAAGACUGCACUAGGAUACCUCGGCAGUGAAGGCUCUAACUCGGAUGACUAUGUCGGCCAGCAAGUUGAGGUAGCAGGGCUCAAGCUGCGCAUCAAAAAAGUUAUUGCUGAAGGAGGUUUUGCAUUUGUGUAUGUUGCACAAGACACUGCCAGUGGGCGACAUUAUGCUCUCAAGCGCCUGUUGGCAGCUGACGAUGCUUCAUGUGCUGCCAUCAAUCAAGAGAUAGCUUUUGCCAAGCAACUCUCUGGCCAUCCCAGCAUCGUGGAGUUCAUCGGUUGUGAGAUUAUUGACAAGAACUCGAGUAACCAGGGCAGAACUGAGUUCCUGCUGCUAACUGAGCUAUGUUCAGGAGGGUCCAUGAUAGAUGCUUUACGUGCCCUGGAAGACACUCGCCUGUCACUAGACCAAGUGUGUGCUGUGGUCUACCAGACCGCGAGAGCUGUGCAGCACAUGCAGAUGCAAAGCCCCCCAAUCCUGCACCGAGACCUGAAGGUGGAGAACCUCCUCAUCAGCGACGAGGGGACGAUAAAGCUCUGCGACUUCGGCUCCGCCACCACCACGGAGCACUUCAUCGAUGACUCCUGGAGCGCUCAACAGCGUGCCAUGCUGGAGGAUGAGAUGGCGUCUCACACAACGCCCAUGUACAGAGCGCCUGAGAUGCUGGACACGUGGAACAAUUAUCCUAUAACAGGCAAGGCGGACAUUUGGGCCUUAGGUUGCAUCACGUACUACCUGUGCUACCUCAAACAUCCUUUUGAAGACUCGGCCAAGUUGAGGAUAAUCAACGGGAACUACAGCCUGCCCAGCAAGGACGGGCGCUACGAGUGCCUGCACGCCCUCCUGCGCGGGAUGCUCACCGUCGACCCCCGCCUGCGCUUCUCCGUCAGCGACGUCCUAGAGCGCCUUGCUGCCGUCGCCGAGUCCAAGGGCUUCAGCUUCAGGAGUCCUCUGAAGCUGAAGCAUGUCCCUAUAGACUGCUUCACGCCAGUUCACCAGCCAGAGACCAGCAGACUAAGUCUGUUCUCAGAGAUCGUGUGUUUGCAGUUCACCUUUCACCAGUCAGAGACCAGCAGACUAAGUCUGUUCUCGAGCUCUGCAAGUCAGCAGUCCCCGCCGCAGACAGACCCUCGCAGACCUCCUCAGGCGGCGCCUGAAGGCAGACCUGCGCCGCCGCCGCCACAGAAUCAAGCAGGCGGUGGAGGGCUGUUCUCGUCAAUCAAGGGUUACUCGGGGAGCCUCUUCAGGAACAUCAAGGAUACCUCGUCUAAAGUUAUCUCCACCGUGUCUCAAUCGAUGGUUCGCUCAGACCUGGACAUGACGUACCUCACGUCGCGCCUCAUCGUCAUGUCCUUCCCUGCUGAGGGCUUAGAGGCCGCCUACCGCAGCCAUAUUGACGACGUCAGAGCUGUGCUGGACGGUCGUCAUGGCGGCCACUACACCGUGUACAACGUGUCAGGCCGCCACUACAGUGGCCGCUACACUGGCGGGACGCUGACACAUCUUGCGUGGCACGCGCGCCGCCCGCCGCCCCUACACGACCUGUACAGCGCCUGCACUAACGUCGCCACCUACCUCGCUGGCGACUCAUGCAGAGUGGCCGUGCUGCACUGUAUGGCGAGUAGAGGAGUCUGCCACUACAGGCGAGUAGAGGAGGCAGUCUGCCACUACAGGCGAGUAGAGGAGGCAGUCUGCCACUACAGGUACCUCGGCUACGUCAAGAGGCUGGCGCGAGGACAGCUGCCUCACAGCGCCUCCCUCAGCCUGCACUGCCUCAGCCUGCAGCCUGUGCCUGCGUGUACACAGCGCAGCUUGCGUGCUCUGUGUAAGCUGUAUUCUGAUGAANGCCAGGUGCUGUCAUACAUCACAGUCUUCCCUGUCACUGCUGGCCAGGUGCUGGUCCCCCUCAACGUACAUGUGCGUGGCGACGUGUGCGUGAUCGUGUACCACGCACGGCGCAUCAUGGGCAAGCUCACGUGCCUGAAGGUGGCGCAGCUGGCGCUGCACACGGGCUACCUCGGCAGGGGCGACACGUGCCUCGACUUCCCUCUCCAAGACCUGGACGAGGUGACGGAGGUGGACCGCUUCCCGGACAACUUCCACCUCACACUCAAAGUUAGCGUGGGUGCCCCGUCCCCUUCAACGUCCCCAGCCCCGUGGGACGCCCACGUCGCGGGGUCGACGCCCUUCAGCCCCACCCUCCUCUUCUCCUCCGCCAUCGAGCGCGAAGAAACCACCGAGAAGUUCUCCCAUGCGCCGCCCCCAAGACCACCUGGGCCCUUGGGGUCUCAAGAGGCCUCGGGGUCUUCUGGGGUCUCGGGGUCCCAUGGGUCCUUGGGGUCGUCUGGUCCCUUGGAGUCUUCUGGGCCCUCAGGAUCUCCGGGUCCCGGCAAGCGACCCCCACCACCCAGGCCACCUGGACCGUCUACGGACUCGCCUCCUCUGCCGCCUCGUGGCGCGUUUGUUGCCGCCCCGCCGUCCCGACCACCGCCUCCCGCCGCCCACGCCUCCAACGACAUCAGACCGCCAUCUCCCGCCCCGCCACCGCCACCACAUCUUGUUGAAGACGUUGACUUUUUGAACCUGAGCAGCAGCUCUCACGAGCCACAUGAGGUGGCGCCUGCGGGUGUCGAGGACGAGCUACAGCUCCUGGACAUCGCGGGCGGCGUCAAGAAGAACCUCAGCAACUACGACCUCCUCAGCGGCAUGGGCGAGCCCGCGCCCACUCAGGGUACUGACGCUCUUUUCGACGCGUUCACGGACCACACAAAUUUCACGGACCACACGAACUUGACGGACCACAACCACAGGCCCCCAAGCCCUGCUCCCCAAGGGGACAUCUUCUCCGAGUUCCUCUCAGCCAGCGACCCCGCGCCUCCCUCAGCACAGCCUGAUGUGGACCUGUUCAGCAGCUCGCCGUGUGCCGGGAUUAACGGGGCGCUAGAUGGCGUCAUGCCCUGCCAGCCUCCCCCAUCACCGCCUCCUGCAGGUCCGCCUCUUCCAACAGGCCAAGGCCCCGUGAAGCCAAGCGACCCGUUUGCUGACCUCAUGGCGGGCAGUUGGCUCUCUGAGAAGAACACCCCCACAGGGAGCGUCUCCCACUCCCCCAUGAUGGGGUCACCUGCCCGUCCACCCAGACCUGCCCCUCCUGCUGGGGCAGCUUGGCAGCCUAACGUUCCUCUCUCGUCACAACCUUACACUCCCAGACACGCGCCGCCGCCGUCUGCACAGCCAAACUUCGGUGCUCCAACACAACCAACUUUUGGUGCUCCAACCCAACCAAGUUUUGCUGCUCCAACCCAACCAAGUUUCGGUGCUGCAACACAACCAAGUUUUGCUGCUCCAACCCAACCAAGUUUUGGUGCACCGACUCAACCUAAACCAAGUUUUGGUGCCGCGACACAACCAAACUACGGGCGGACUAAUUUUGACAAUUUGGCUGGUGGCAACAACACCGCAAAAUCGGCGACCUCGACGUUCGAAGACCUGCUGGGUUCCCAGGGAUUCACUUUCACGUCUUCCAAGGAAAGCUCCGCGCCCAAGACUAUGGCUCAGAUGAAGCAGGAAGAGAUGGUCAAAACCAUGGACCCUGACCGCAGGAAGAUGGUGGAAUGGACGGCAGGAAGGGAACACAACAUCAGGGCGCUGCUGUGCUCGCUGUCGUCUGUGCUGUGGGAGGGCGCCAAGUGGCAAGAGUGUGGCAUGCAUCAGCUCGUGCAUCACGGCGACGUCAAGAAGAUGUACAGGAGAGCCUGCCUCGCCGUGCAUCCUGAUAAACUUGCUGGGUCUGAGCACGAGGCGCUCGCUAAGCUCAUCUUCAUGGAGCUCAACGACGCCUACUCGGAGUUUGAGGCGGACCCCGCGCAGCAGCAGAUCUUCAAGUAGGCGCAUGGGGAAGGACAGAUCUUCACCCUCAAGUUGACUGCAAGAUGUGAUCUCCAAGUUUAGUUCUUCUCGCCGUUGCGAGUUCAGCGGUGGCUGAAAUCGACACCAAAACUUGCAUGCCAGGAGCUAUUUUGACCUGUACAGGUCAUUACUGUACAGGAAUGUGCACAUGAUCGGGUGUCAGUCCUUGAUCACCUAGGGUAGCUGUGAACGGCCAUGCUUGAUAUUAUACAUGAAAUUCUCAUCUAAAUGCCCUCAGUCUGCCCUCUAUGUAUGUAUGUUGCUACCCUGCCUCUGAGAUUGUCUUUAGUCUGCGCCCUAAAAAUAAAAAACAUUCGAAGUCUGCACUCAGUACGGCUCUCGAGUUGACUAUAGGCGUCUGCUUCCAUGAUCUUGUUCCUUAAUGUUGUUUGAACUUUAAAUAUUAAAAUGUUAGUGAACGUUGUCUUUGCUGCUGCUUGGACUUGUCUUUGGUGGCUGUACCAAAAUAUAAAUUAUUCAAACCGAAGUCGAUGUCAUGACUAGGUGGGCGAUUGAGGUAAAUCUUGCACUUGCGUUCAAUUUGAUCGUUUUUUAUGUGUUCCACGCGACACUAUUUUCCAUUUGUGAUUGAUACUGACUGGCAAUAUUCCAUUCCAUGUUGAGAACUGUGACCGUAUAUUAAGAUAGUUUAUGGU